AUCUCACUUAAUUCGACAGUAUCACCUAAACCAACUCAUUCCACAGCCCCCAUACUGCUCCUGGCAGUUUGCUCCCACACAUGACAAACAUACCUCACCUGCCUUUGGAGAUGGGUGUAACCAACGUGAUGCGUCACAGAUUAUUAAACCAAAGUCAGCCGCGCCCUUCCGAAAUGUGAGAUGUUCUGGUUUGAGGUUCAAAUCUAGCACGUCGAGGAUCAUCGAGACAUUUCCAAUUGAAAGACAACAGAAAUCUAAGAAGCUUCUAAAAGGGGAAACAACUAGUACUUGGAGCUGCUGGUCAUGGGAGACACUGCGAAGGGGAAGAAGGUGUUUGUCCAGAAAUGUUCCCAGUGUCACACAGUGGAAGAGGGGGGACGCCACAAGGUGGGACCAAACCUGUGGGGGCUGUUUGGACGGAAGACGGGGCAGUCACCUGGCUACUCCUACACGCAGGCCAACAUCGAUAAAGGUAUCAUAUGGGAUGAAGAAACUCUGAACGUCUACCUUCAAAAUCCAAGGAAGUACAUUCCAGGUACCAAGAUGAUCUUCGCUGGCAUCAAAAAGAAAAGGAAAGAACAGAUAUUAUCGCCUAUUUAAAGGAUGCCACCUCUUAAUGCAGUGAUGACAUAGAGCGCACACAUGCAAACCUGGAUAUAAGUAUUAUACUGUACAUUCAUGGAAAAACAAACUGUGCUCUAUGUUUUCAUUUUAAGUAGGUUUCUGUAUUUAAAUCACUACAUUUUGUUAGAUUACAACAGAGCUGCCACACUGUUUUGUAUGCAGAAGGCUGUUUUUAUCAUCAACUGAGUCAGCCUUCCUGCAGCUUUUAGAUUUUCCCAACACUUCUCAGUCAAGGCUUCCUUUUAGAGGCUCUUUGGGAUUUUAUUGUUUGCCUAAAUUGUUUUCUGCUGCUUGCACAGAAACUACACAUUUUGCAUUUUUGCCACUUUAACUCUCAUCGCAGUAUAGGUCACUGUUUGCGUUUAUUUUUCUAUUAUAUCGCAUUUACUGCCUGUUAAGUCUUUUCUGUUUACAUGCUUUAAAAAUGGGUAGACUUGGUGUUAACUCUGUUUUUACUCAUCUUUUUAAGCCACUGGGUGUUACAGACUUUAACUGUUACAAGGUUGCACUUUAAAAUGUGAGUAUGUCUUGUCUUCAUGCAUUUUCUAAAUCCUUUUCUGUUUGAUAUAAGGACAGUAAGGUCAAUUUGCUCUAAUAACGACCUGCUGGAUAAGGGACUAUGCUAAGCACCUAAAUUUUUUUUAUUAUAUUCUUUGUACCGAGUUGCUUUUUUAUACCUUUUUGCCAUAUUUUUUCCACACAUCCUUGGCUAAAUGGUCAUGAUAAUAAAUUAAUUACCCCUUUUGUUAAAUAUCUUUGUGUAUCAUUGUUUCCAAUAUGGAUUUCCUUAGUUUCUGUCCACUUCAAAAUGAUAUAUUCAUUAUGUCAACUCAACCCAUUAAAAUAAAUGGUUUAUCUAAAUCAGUAAUUAGAAUUUUCAUCUUGCAGUCAUGCAUUAAGUGGUGGGAAUGAACACUGGAAUUACUCGUUACGGUGUAAUUCGAAAUGACACAUAUUGCUCUGUGAAUCAGACGAUAGCGUGCACAGAAAUGAAAUGUUUAAAUCAGAUUGUAACCGUCUUUACAAUAUCUACCCUUCACCCUUACCCCAGUUAACCUUGUCUAGUGUUAUGCUUUGUUGCGGGUUUGUUUUUUCAGGUUCCUUCUCAAAUUGAAUUUUCCCAACUUUGGAGGCUUCAUUUUGUUUAAUGAACCUUUUUUUUUUUUUUUCAUUUCACCCUCUGCCAUCCUCACCAAAUGUUCUCUUCUUUUCUUUUUUUCCCGUUUCCUCAUGACGGGUGGCGCGCUGCACAGCGCAGCAGCCUGAGCUGCCAUUGGCAGGGCGGCUCAAAUGUAAUUUCGUUGUAUACGAAAGUGUGCAAUGACAAUAAAAUUCUCUGACUUUGA